GCCUUCCACUCGGCCUCUCCAUCCAUCCAUCCAGCUCAACCAUGGCACCCCUCAAGAUCAGCGCCGCCCUCCUGGCCUUGGCCGCCCUCGCCUCGGCCGCCCCCUCCGAUCCCUACCGCCCAGUGUACACGCCCGCGCCCUACCACCCUCCGCCCCCGGUCUAUCUCCCUGAGCCCGUGUACAAGCCCGAACCCGUCUACAAGCCGAAGCCUGUGUACCACCCCAAGCCCGUUUACAAACCUGAGCCUGUAUACAAACCCGCACCCGUGUACGAGCCCGAGCCCGUGUACAAGCCUGAGCCCGUGUACAAGCCUGAGCCCGUGUACAAGCCUGAGCCCGUGUACAAGCCUGAGCCCGCAUACAAGCCCAAGCCCGUGUACAAGCCCGACCCCUACCACCCAAAGCCCGUCUACGAUGAGGAGCCCAAGCCCUACUCCUUCGACUACGGCGUGAAGGACCACUACUCCGGCGCCAACUUCGGCCACACCGAGAACUCCGACGGGAAGGCCGUGAAGGGCUCGUACACCGUGGCCCUCCCCGACGGCCGCAUCCAGACCGUCAACUACGUGGCCGACCACUACAACGGCUUCCAGGCUGAGGUCACCUACGAGGGCGAGCCCAAAUACCCCGAGUACCACCCCGAGCCCGCCUACAAGCCCGCCCCCUACCAUCCCCCCGCCCCUGCAUACAAGCCCGCUCCCAAGCCCGUGUACCACCCCGAGCCCGUGUACAAGCCCGCCCCCUACAAGCCCGCCCCUUACAAGCCCCCUACGUACCUCCCCGAACCCGCCUACCCCGCGUACCAUUAAUCAAUUCGUCAUCUAAAUUAAGCUUUACACAUUUUACCGUCGCGUAAAUUAUCGUUUCCCUUCGUGCGUAUCCUCCUCACCUCACUAGGAUUUUUUUUUUCAAAUAACAGUUCUUCUGCUGCAAGUCAUGCUCUUGUAAAUCCACACAAAAAUGCAAACCGUUUAAAAACUCCAA